GGAAGUUCCUCACCCGCCAUCUUUCUUGCUGGCGCUUCCCUCCUCACAGCUCUCAGCUGAGGAAGUCCAAGUUGCUGAGCCUCCGCGGCCGUGUGAGUGCCUGUUCCGGAGCCUCUGUGGAGCCGCGGCAGGCCUGGGCACAGACAUGGAGUCAGUGACUUUUGAGGAUGUGGCUGUGAACUUCACCCUGGAGGAGUGGACUUUGCUGAAUCCUUCACAGGAAAAUCUUUACAGAGCGGUGAUGAGAGAAACCAUCAGGAACCUGCAUGAUAUAGGACAGAAAUUGGGAGAACAGAACACUGAAAAUGCAUACAAAAAUCCUGGGGGAAAUCUAAGAUACCAAGUGGUAGAGAAGCUUUGUGAGUAUGAAGAAGAUAGUCAAUGGGAAGAAAUCUUCAGUGAGAUUCCAGAUCCUGUGGUGAGCCAGAAAACUGGAGAAAAGCCCUGUGAAAGCCAUGUGUAUGGAGAAGAUAUCACUGGUCAUUCAUCUCUAAAUGUGUCCCUCAGAGGUCAGACUAGAUGCAAAACACAUGAGUAUAAAGAACACGGAGAGAAGCCAUGUAAAUGUAAAGACAGUGGAGUGGCUUUUGGUUCUCCCCAGAGCUUUCUGAAGCAUGAACAAAUUUACACACAAGAGAAACCCUAUGCCUGUAAACAGUGUGACAAAGCCUUUAAGUAUCUCAGUUCUCUUCAAAAUCAUAAAAGGAUCCAUAAUAGAGAAAGAAACCAUGCGUGUAAACAAUGUGGGAAAUCUUUUAAGAGACAGAGUAAUGUUCAAGCCCAUGAGAGAAAUCACACUGGAGAGAAACCCUAUGUGUGUAAGCACUGUGGGAAAGCCUAUACUUCCUACAGUACCCUUCGAGCACAUGAAAGAAGUCACACAGGAGAGAAACCCUAUGUGUGUAAGCAUUGUGGGAAAGCCUAUACUUCCUACAGUACCCUUCGAGCACAUGAAAGAAGUCACACAGGAGAGAAACCCUAUGUGUGUAAGCAUUGUGGGAAAGCCUAUACUACCUACAAUACCCUUCGAGCACAUGAAAGAAGUCACACAGGAGAGAAACCCUAUGUGUGUAAGCAUUGUGGGAAAGCCUAUACUUCCUACAGUACCCUUCGAGCACAUGAAAGAAGUCACACAGGAGAGAAACCCUAUGUGUGUAAGCAUUGUGGGAAAGCAUUCACUCAAUCUAGCUACCUUCGAAUACAUAAAAGAACUCACACAGGAGAGAAACCCUACAUCUGUAAGCAAUGUGGGAAAGCCUUUGCUCGUUCUAGCCACCUGCAAAUACAUAAAAGAAGUCAUACAGGAGAAAAACCCUAUGUAUGUAAGCAGUGUGGGAAAGCCUUUGCUCAAUCCAGUUACCUUCACAUACAUCAAAGAAGUCACACUGGAGAGAAACCUUACGUAUGUAAGCAGUGUGGGAAAGCCUUCACUCGUUCUAGCCACCUGCAAAUACAUAAAAUAACUCAUACUGGAGAGAAACCCUACUCAUGUAAGCUUUGUGGGAAAGCCUUUACUCAUUCUAAUUACCUUCAGAUACAUAAAAGAAUUCACACAGGAGAAAAACCUUAUGUGUGUAAGGAGUGUGGGAAAGCCUUUGCUCGUUCCACUUCCCUUCACAUACAUGAAGGAACUCACAGUGGAGAGAAACCUUAUGUAUGCAAGCAAUGUGGGAAAGCCUUCACUUUGUCCAGUUCUCUUCGAAGGCAUGAUGUAGUUCAUUCAGAAGAGAAACCCUAUAUUUGUAAGUGUUGUGGGAAAACCUUUGGUUGUUACAGUAGCGUUCAGAAACAUGAAAAGACUCAUAGAGAAAACAGACUCUGUUAGUGUAAUAAAUAUGGGGAAACUUAGUUGCUCUGAUUCUUUUCAAAUACAUGACAUAGCUGACACUGGAAAGAAACCCAAGGUUUGUAUCCAUUAUGGGAUGCUUUCAUUGACCUUAGUUCUUUUUAAUACCAUGGAAGGAUUCACACUGGAGAAAAACUUCUGGAUAUAAUACAGAAAAAUGUUCAUUUAUUCCGCUUCUUUAACAAACAUGGAAAAACUUACACUGGAGAGAAAUCCUAAAUAUAAAAUGUGGAAACCCUUCAUUAUCACUUGACCGUCUAAAAUUCAUGAAAAUGUGUAAUCCAUAGCAUGAAGAAGUAUUUUCGAUCCAUUUGCAAAUGCAAGAUAACAGUAUGGAAGCCGGGCGUGGUGGCGCACGCCUUUAAUCCCAGCACUUGGGAGGCAGAGGCAGGCGGAUUUCUGAGUUCGAGGCCAGCCUGGUCCACAAAGUGAGUUCCAGGACAGCCAGGACUAUACAGAGAAACCCUGUCUUAAAAAAAAAAAAAAAAAAAGAUAACAGUAUGGAGAGAAAACCCUUGAAUAAAAAUGAUACACUAAGAAUAGGCUCUUCAGACGGCCCACAUGCAACAAUGCACAUGGAAUCGGAAGAUUGAGUAUGAAAAACACAGCAGUUUUCUGUUUUCCUGUGUGCGAUGGCAUAUACCUAUAAUUCCAGUACUUGGGAAGUGUAAAACUAAAGAUCAAGAGUUUUGAGUUCUGGGCUGUGUUGUCUACCUGAUAAAAGAAAUUUUUGUGUGUUAUUUUUCUUUAUUCUUAAUAAUUUCAAUCGUAUAUACAAUGAGUUAUGAGCAUAUUAUUCCAUUUUCUCCAGCCCAUUAAAUCCAGUUACUGCUGCUCAUGUGUACAUGAGCAUAGCUACUUCCUCAGAAGCUGUCAACUGUCAAUAACUCCUCAGUAAGGGGUGAAGGUUCAAGAUCAUCUACCCCAUUAAUGCUAGAAUUUUGGCUGUCUUAACCAAAUGUAGGUAAUCACAAAUACUACAAAGUCAUGGAUAUAAUAGCCAUAUAGUGAACAAAAGACUGCAUUUCACACUACCCCCAUCUGACUUGUAUUCUUUCUACCUCCUAGAAAAUUGUUUUAAUAAAGUUUGAUUUUUCUCUUG